AUGGCACCAUCAGCUACCGAAGCCGUUGCUCCAAUUGCUGAGCAUAUCAAGCAAAAGGUCAUUCCUGACACCCAGAAGGAAACACAAGAGAGUCCAAAGGUGGAGAGCUCUCUUGCGGUCGGCGAGACGAGCUUAGAGGACGAACCACCAAAGCUUGAGACGAACCACAAGGAGCCCCUGAAACUAAGCGGUGCCCUAGACCAGUUCAAGCAGUUUGAUGUCACACCCGUGAUUGGAAAGGAGUUCAUAGAUGUAGAUUUGGCUGAAUGGCUACGAGCCCCUAACUCGGACGAACUCAUCCGUGACCUUGCUAUCACAGUAUCUCAACGCGGUGUGGUCUUCUUCCGCAAGCAGGACAACAUUACCAAUGACCUACAAAAGGAGCUAGUACAGAGGCUUGGUGAAUUAUCCGGCAAGCCGGCUACCUCUAAGCUACACAUCCAUCCCGUGAUCAACUCUGGUCGCGAGCACGGUGGUAAUGAUGACGAGAUCAGCACUAUCUCGUCGCAACAAGCCAAGAAGCUCUACUCUAGGAAAGAUAUAUGGGCUGAGAAAAAGCAAUCUCAGAAGAAUCAAUGGCACUCGGAUAUCACAUUCGAGCCUAUUCCUAGCGAUUAUGCGCUUCUAAGACUUACUGAGCUACCUAAGACUGGAGGUGAUACCCUCUGGGCCUCCGGUUACGAACUAUACGACCGGAUCUCGAAGCCGUUGCGGGGUUUCUUAGACACGUUAACAGCGUACUACGCACAACCGGCCUUCAACGAGGCCGCAGACCGCAACAACUUCAAGAUCUACUCCGCGCCGCGCGGUGCGCCCGAAAACGUAGGCGAGGUCCUAGAAGCUGUGCACCCGGUAGUGCGCACGAACCCCGUGACUGGGUGGAAGAGUGUGUUCGCCGUCGGCCACCACGUCAAGCACAUCCACGGAUUAUCCGAGGCCGAGUCGCGAAACUUCUUAGACUGGUUCGUGCAACUCAUCGUCGAGAAUCACGAUCUCCAGGUUCGCCUCCGCUGGCAGCAGCCCAACGACCUGGCUAUCUGGGAUAACCGCAGCGUCUACCACGCCGCUACGCCGGAUUACCUCAACCAGGGGCUUGGUGAGCGCUCGGGUUCCCGCGCGGUGAGCUUGGGCGAGAAGCCAUAUUUUGACCCUGAGAGUAAGAGCCGCAGGGAGGCUCUAGCUGCUGAGGCGUCUGCAGCAGCGGCGUAG